GCUCAGGCACUUCGUUGGGCAGCCCGUGCAGGCCGGCGGCGUGGGGGCCUCGGGGCCUUACUCGGGGCACGUGUGGGAGGAAGUGGCGGUGUCUGUCCGCGCGGCGCCUGUAGACCAUCCAGCGUGGAGCCAUGGGAGGCCUGGAGAAGAAGAAGUAUGAACGAGGUUCUGCCACCAACUACAUCACCCGAAAUAAAGCCCGGAAGAAGCUGCAGCUGAGCCUGGCCGACUUCAGGCGUCUGUGCAUCCUGAAGGGCAUUUAUCCCCAUGAACCCAAACACAAGAAGAAGGUUAACAAGGGCUCCACGGCAGCCCGAACCUUUUACCUCAUCAAAGAUAUCAAGUUCCUCCUCCACGAACCCAUCGUCAACAAGUUCCGGGAGUACAAGGUGUUCGUCCGGAAGCUGCGGAAGGCCUAUGGGAAGAGUGAGUGGAACACGGUGGAGCGUCUGAAGGACAACAAGCCCAACUACAAGCUCGACCACAUCGUCAAGGAGCGGUACCCCACGUUCGUCGAUGCGCUGCGGGACCUGGACGAUGCCCUGUCCAUGUGCUUCCUCUUCUCCACCUUCCCGCGGACCGGCAAGUGCCAUGUGCACACCAUCCAGCUGUGCCGUCGGCUGGCCGUGGAGUUCAUGCACUACGUCAUCGCUGCCCGUGCUCUGCGAAAGGUCUUCCUGUCCAUCAAAGGCAUCUACUACCAGGCCGAGGUGCUGGGCCAGCCGAUCGUGUGGAUCACGCCCUACACCUUUUCCCACGACCACCCGACAGACGUGGACUACAGGGUCAUGGCCACGUUUACCGAGUUCUACACCACCCUGCUGGGCUUCGUCAACUUCCGCCUCUACCAGUCUCUCAACCUGCACUACCCGCCCAAGCUCGAGAGUCAGAUCCACACAGAAGCGAAGACCAGCGAGGACGCCUACGCGCUGAACUCAGAGAGCUCUCUGGAGAAACUGGCCGCCCUCAGUGCCAGUCUGGCCCGUGUGGUGGUGCCCACGGAGGAGGAGGAAGCUGAGGCGGACGAGUUUCCUGCUGAUGGGGAGAUGGCGGCACAGGAGGAGGACCACAGGAAGGAGCUGGAGGCGCAGGAGAAGCACAAGAAGCUCUUCGAGGGCCUGAGGUUCUUCCUGAACCGCGAGGUGCCCCGCGAGGCCCUGGCCUUCGUCAUCAGGAGUUUUGGGGGCAUCGUGUCCUGGGACAAAUCUCUGUGCAUCGGGGCCACCUAUGACGUCACAGACCCCAGCAUCACCCACCAGAUUGUCGACCGGCCUGGGCAGCAGACCCCGGUCAUCGGCAGGUACUACGUGCAGCCCCAGUGGGUGUUUGACUCAGUGAAUGCCCGGCUCCUCCUCCCCGUGGCAGACUACUUCCCCGGGGUGCAGCUGCCCCCACACCUCUCACCCUUCGUGACAGAGAAGGAAGGCGAUUAUGUGCCCCCGGAGAAACUGAAGCUACUGGCCCUGCAGCGGGGCGAGCACGCGGGAAACUUGAAUGAAUCUGAGGAGGAGGAUGAGGAGGAAGAUGACGGUGAUGGCGAGGAAGAGGGAGAAAAAGAAGAGGAGGAGGAGGACAUGGAGGCUGAUUCGGAGAAGGAGGAAGAGGCCCGGCUAACCGCCCUGGAGGAGCGGAGGCUAGAGGGGAAGACGGAGGCCCGGCUGACCGCCCCAGGGGAGCGGAAGCUGGAGGGGAAGACGGAGGCCCGGCUGACCGCCGCAGAGGAGCAGAGGCUGGAGGGGAAGAAGCCCAGGGUGAUGGCAGGCACAGUGAAGCUGGAGGACAAGCAGCGGCUGGCCCAGGAGGAGGAGAGCGAGGCUAAGCGCCUGGCCAUCAUGAUGAUGAAGAAGCGGGAGAAGUACCUCUACAACAAGAUCAUGUUCGGCAAGAAGCGCAAAAUCCACGAGGCCAACAAACUGGCGGAGAAGCGGAAAGCCCACGACGAGGCUGUGAGAUCGGAGAAGAAGGCCAAGAAGGUGCGGGCGCUGUGAGCGGCAGCGGUUUCUCAUCAGGGGAGGCCAGCUCACGGCAGCAGGACUGGGCACAGGCACCGGAGGGCCUGGGCAUGGUGACGGACCUGGACCACAUGUUGUCAGCCCCUCUCCCGCCUCUGCCGGCCCUGGCCUCCGCUCACACUUUCUGGCUGGGCCCACGGGCAGCCCCGGCCUCCCUUGGAUGGCGCUCCCAGCAGGUGGCUGCGCAGAGGAGAAGCUUCUCUGUCUGGCCAGACGUCAGGCUCCCAGGAGCCAAGGGCCACGGGAUGGGUGUGGGGGAGCCUGACCUGCCCCUCCCUGACCGCUCCCAUUCACCCUGGCUUUCCACAUCCCCUCCCCCACACUCAGUUGGCCCCAUGUGUGAUGGGCAGAGGGUGGGGAAGCAUUUGUUAAUAAACAGCUGGAGUUGUGCAGCCAA